AUCAACCAUGAAGUUUACUGCCACCGCUCUCGGCCUCCUCGCCACCAUCGCCACGACCAACGCCGCCAUGUCCGCCUGCUCCAAGAAGAUCGCUCUGGGUCUGACCAACAUCUACGAGAACGGCGACACCGCCUUCCACUACGACUACUGCGAGAACAUCCACGAUGGCCGUGGCAAGUACGAUGCUGUCAUGAAGAAGCUGGACAAGUCGGGCAGCGGCUCGACCAGCGGCCUGGACGGCUACUGCUCGGUGUGGGGCAAGCUGGGCAAGUCGGACGCAAAGUUCCGCGCCGCGCAGGACAAGGUGCGCGACGAGAUGUACUUUGACCCGUCGCAGAAGCUCGCUGAUACUCUUGGUGCCCAGCUCGACGUAACCCGCGCCCAGCUGUACGAUACAACAAUCCAGCACGGCGAUGGCUCGGAUCCCGACUCGGUUGCGUGUCGAUUCAAGGCCGAUGCCAAGGGCUCGUCGGGCAGCACGCUCAAGAUCAACGGCCACAAUGUCGACGAGAUCGUCUGGCUGACCAAGUUCCUGCAGAACCCGCACAACAAGGAGACGCAGAAGGAGUGGUCGGAGAGUGUCACUCGUGUCAAGUCGUACCAGUACGUGGUCGCCCAGAAGCAGUACAAGUGGAGCAACUCGAUCAAGGCUCUGGACAACGAUGGCAAGGCUACCACUGUCAAGUGCUAG